GCGCGCCCGCGUCUCGCGGCUGUUUGGCUGUUUCCAUGGCUACGAAGCCCAUCGGCCGCGGAUCCGAAAGCAAGAAAAUGAAGCUCAAGAGCCUCCUGCUCCGGUAUUACCCUCCGGGAAUUAUGUUGGAAUAUGAAAAAAGAGGAGAAUUAAAGACCAAAUCCAUAGAUUUGCUUGAUCUCGAGCCCAGUACUGAUGUCAACGCUUUAGUAGAAGAAAUCCGCAAAGCAGAACCUCUAAUCACAGCUUCCCGGACAGAGCAAGUCAAACUUUUAAUACAGAGAUUGCAAGAGAAACUUGGCCAGCAUGGCAACCACAAAUUCUAUCUUUUUAAGGUUCUCAGAGCACACAUAUUGCCACUGACUAAUGUUGCACUUAACAAAUCGGGCUCAUGCUUUAUCACAGGGAGCUAUGACCGCACGUGCAAGCUCUGGGACACCGCGUCUGGAGAGGAGCUACACACCCUGGAGGGCCACAGGAAUGUGGUGUACGCCAUAGCGUUCAACAAUCCUUAUGGGGACAAAAUUGCCACUGGGUCCUUUGAUAAGACUUGUAAACUAUGGAGUGUAGAAACAGGAAAAUGUUAUCACACCUUUAGGGGCCAUACGGCAGAAAUAGUGUGUUUAUCGUUUAACCCUCAAAGCACGUUGGUGGCUACUGGAAGUAUGGACACAACAGCCAAACUGUGGAACAUUCAGAAUGGAGAGGAGGUGUUCACUUUAAUAGGACAUUCUGCUGAAAUCAUCUCCUUGUCAUUUGACACCUCAGGAGACAGAAUCAUCACGGGGUCUUUUGAUCAUACGGUUGUAGUGUGGGAUGCUGAUACCGGAAGGAAGGUGUAUACUUUAAUUGGUCAUUGUGCUGAGAUUAGCAGUGCCUUAUUCAAUUGGGAUUGCUCUCUAAUAUUAACUGGCUCUAUGGACAAAACCUGCAAGCUAUGGGAUGCUACAAAUGGAAAAUGUAUGGCAACUUUAACAGGACAUGAUGAUGAAAUACUAGAUAGCUGCUUUGAUUAUGCUGGAAAGCUUAUUGCAACUGCUUCAGCAGAUGGAACAGCAAGAGUUUUCAGUGCAGCCACAAGAAAAUGCAUUGCCAAAUUGGAAGGCCAUGAAGGUGAAAUUUCAAAGAUUUCUUUCAACCCCCAGGGGAACCGUCUUCUAACCGGCAGCUCUGACAAAACAGCUAGGAUCUGGGAUGCUCAGACCGGCCAGUGCCUCCAGAUCCUUGAGGGGCACACCGAUGAAAUCUUUUCAUGUGCUUUCAACUAUAAAGGCAACAUAGUCAUUACAGGCAGCAAGGAUAAUACCUGUAGAAUAUGGCGCUGACUGAAGGAAGCUGGUCUGAGCAAACCUGCGGCAACAGCGAUCAAGAGCUUGCGCUUCACAGAGAGCAAGCUAUUUUACUAUUUCAUAUAUUUUCUCUUUUCUACAAGUCAAGUGUUUAUCAACUCUGUCCUAACUUCACAGAUAUGAUCAUUAAAAUUGAUGAAGUUUUACCAUUUCUUGAUGUUAUUUGAUGGGGAUGACAGGAAACAGCAUUGUGUUUGGCUAAUGCCACUAUUUACUUUAGUUGUUUCUUAUUUUUUAAUAGCAUUAGGAUGCUGAUAAAUGAAACCAGAGUGAUUUAAUAAUGUGUUUCUUAGAUUCUACCUUGAAGGCUAUUGUUCUAGUUUCUACUGAAUAAAGUUUUUGGAGGAAA